ACAGGCAGCAGCAUCUAAGGACCAUGUUUAGCUGUGCGAAUGCGAGCUGUUCUUGCGCUAGGGGACCCCAAGAAAGCGAUGAUGGAUUUUGAUGAGCGGGUUUCUUGUGGCUCUAAUCUUUAUUUGCCUAGCUGUACCUAUUAUGUCUCGGGUCCGGAUUUCUCCAGCCUGCCUUCUUUUCUGCCCCAAACACCGGCUUCUCGUCCCAUGACAUACUCUUACUCGUCUAAUAUCCCCCAGGUUCAACCUGUGCGAGAAGUUACCUUCAGAGACUAUGCCAUCGAUCCCUCCAAUAAGUGGCAUCACAGAAGCAAUCUCCCCCAUUGCUAUUCCGCAGAGGAGCUGAUGCACAGGGAGUGUCUUCCUACCAGCACCAUGGGCGAGAUGCUAAUGAAAAAUAGCGCCAGCGUUUACCACCCCAGUUCCAACGCGUCUUCCAGCUUCUACAACCCGGUGGGUAGGAACGGUGUGCUGCCGCAAGGAUUUGAUCAGUUCUUCGAGACCGCCUACGGUUCUGGUGAGAAUCAGCAGUCGGAGUAUUGCGGGGAGAAGAGCCCAGGUAAAGUGCCGUCUGCAGCAACUUCAAGUUCGGAGACUUCCAGGGUGUCGGUAGAGAAGGAGACGAGUCCCGGGAGCAGCAGCCCGGAAUCUUCUUCCGGCAACAACGAGGAAAAAAGCAGCAACUCUAGUGGUCAGCGUACACGUAAAAAAAGAUGCCCCUAUACCAAGUACCAGAUCAGGGAGCUGGAGAGAGAAUUCUUUUUCAGUGUCUACAUUAACAAGGAGAAGCGCCUACAACUUUCCCGGAUGCUCAACUUAACCGACCGGCAAGUUAAAAUUUGGUUUCAGAACAGGAGGAUGAAGGAAAAGAAAUUAAACAGAGACCGCCUUCAAUAUUACACUACGAAUCCAUUGCUCUGAGAUUAGACUGAGUUUACAAAGAGGCAUUCCAUCUUCCUAACUUCUACGAUGAAAUCGGCCAGGCCAGAACGCAGAGGUAAAAAAAACACUCAAGUUCGAGUUUGUGAGCAGACACUUUAAUUCAGCUCUGACGGGCCAGACGACUUUCCAAAGCUAAUUAGGACGUCUAGUUUCAACUCUAAAAAGUAACUGGAAUUUAUGCUCAUCGUUGACUACACGCACACACACACACACACACACACACACACACACACACACUUCUAAACUCAUAUCCGUCGUCUAUAUGAUUCAUACAGAGAGUGUCUCUAGAGAUUAACUUUGAGAUGUCAAGGUGAACGUUUGAACAUAGUUAAGCAGAACUGGUUUUGUAAUUGAAGAAAGAAAGCAGCUUCCAUACAUGAACGGACACGUGUACUGAAGCCCUAGGAGAAAGAACUGACUCUUGUGGACCUGCUGCAAUAUAAGAAUAUUUUUAAAAAUAAGGUGAUAAGAUGCGCAUGCUUUAGAUUAGGAGCAUAUCAGUGGCUCUCAAUGCCAGCCACAACAAUUGGAUAUAUAUUUGUUAUCUACGGUUACCAAAAGUAGCAAGCAGUCUCGUUCUUUUGCAUCUCAGCCUUCGGGAGGACAGAACUUAGCGCAGCAGCAAUUCUGCAAAUAAUGCCAGUUUAUCGCUGCUUAGCGUACUGAAAACUUGUCUAUAGGAAAGGCAGACGGUAACUUCGGAUCUCUACGAUAGAAUCACCUUUAUUUCCAUAAAUAACGAUCAGUACUCCCCAUCCCCCACCCCCAUAAUUACCCAAAAUGAGAACAUGCAUGCAAGUAUCCAAUUUGAAAUUCAUAGCAAAAGGAAAGACCGUUUCUAAUGAGUGUGGAAUUUAUAUUAGUCAUUAAAAUAAGCAAGUGUGGUUAAAUUCAGUUUUACAUGUAUAAAUCUGUAUAUUUUAGCUGUUGGCCUCGAUAUAUUAACACCUUACCAUUUAAUACAUAGCUUGGGAUAAUAAGAUAUUUGAAAACCGGCUAUUUUAUGCUCGCUGAAGCAAUUUGUGUGUGUUUAUUUGUACUUGAUACAUCGUGCUUCGUAAUUUUCAAAUGCAGUUUUUACUUUCAAAGGGAAAAGAUGCUACCCGCGAAGGCAUACUUGAGCACAAAGUAUUGUAAAUAUGUCGCUCUUUUGGUACAGAUGAAUGUGUAUAGGAAUUGGGUUUAAAGGUUGCUGCUCACGCAUCUAUUCUUGUCACGGAUUCCUCCAAAGGAUGACCAGUCUGCAGUAUUUACAGUAUUGAAGCCAUCUUUAUCCGUGUGAACCAAAGACAGAAAAGUAUUUUCAUUGAGUGUUUAAUUGCACAAUGGUAACAUUUCCUGUACAUUCAACAUAUAAGCUUUUUAUAGAUCGAUAUACUUAUAGGCCGUAUUGUCCAAAAAUCGCCCACACGUAACCAGACAACACAUGCCAGCCCUGAAAAUCCCUUCGGUUUAUUUUAUCAAUUUAAUUUAAACGUUUCGAUGUGGCUUUUGCUAUUAACAUCAUCAAAACAGCUUAUUUUCUCGUUCAUUCUGGUAAAAUGACAGAUGACAACGGUCGAUUGCUUGCCGUUAUGUUCUUUUUUGGUAAUUCUAUUUUUUUUUAUUUUGCAAAACACUGAAAUA